UAAUAAAUACGAGUGGUGCCAACGCGCUCCACCAGCCCCGGGGUUCAGAGCAGCAGACGCAUAAACUCAGGCAGGAAGAGCCUCUUUAAUCUCUGCCAAAAGCUGACAUUUCACUAACGGGAGAUUUUGGAAUCGCAGUUCUAAAACCAUUAAAUUACCGAGGCUUUUCCUCUCUUAAAAAAUACUUUUCCUUUUUUUUUUUUUUUUUAAAGUACCCUCUCCCCCUUUAAAAUUAUGAAUGCGGCCACUCUGUUCAAGAUCAAGACUUGGAGGGAAUUUGGAAAAGAAAAAGAAUCUGGAAGAAACACGGCUGGUGCUUCCGAGGGCGCAUAGUUUUAAGACGGUACCUAAGAGGACUGCGCUAGAUGUUUAGCUCCCGCCUGCCUCAUUUUCUCUAAGCAGAACAACUUCUCCAACAUCGGUACCCUCCCGUCAUGGACGUUCCAGGUCUGCAGGUGCCUUCCUUCUGAGAAUCAUUUGGCCUUGACCAUCUAAGGCGAGAGCACCUACCCCAGAGAAAGCUACUACUCUAGCCCUGCAUAUUCCUGUGCGCACCCAGCCAGCCAGCCCUCCGGCUUCUGCAGGCCUUGACCUAUACAGGGCGCCCCCCAGCCCAGAUGCCCGCUCCUGGCCGGGGCCCCAGAGGGCCGCUGCUGAGCAUGCCCGGGCGCCGGGGGGCGCUGCGUGAGCCGGCCGACUUUGGCUCCAGCCUGGGGGCGGUGCUGGCCCUGCUGUUGCUGCUGCUGCCCGCCUGCUGCCCGGUAAAGGCUCAGAACGACACGGAGCCCAUCGUGCUAGAGGGCAAGUGCCUGGUAGUGUGCGAUUCCAGCCCAUCGGGGGAUGGCGCCGUCACUUCUUCCCUGGGCAUAUCUGUGCGCUCAGGCAGUGCCAAGGUGGCCUUCUCCGCUACUCGGAGCACCAACCACGAGCCGUCAGAGAUGAGCAACCGUACCAUGACCAUCUACUUCGACCAGGUCUUAGUAAACAUUGGCAACCACUUUGACCUUGCCUCGAGUAUAUUUGUAGCACCAAGGAAAGGAAUUUAUAGCUUCAGCUUCCACGUGGUCAAAGUGUACAACAGACAAACCAUCCAGGUCAGUUUAAUGCAGAACGGCUACCCGGUGAUCUCUGCCUUUGCUGGAGACCAGGAUGUUACCAGGGAAGCAGCCAGCAAUGGUGUUCUGCUUCUCAUGGAAAGAGAAGACAAAGUUCAUCUCAAACUGGAGAGAGGCAACCUCAUGGGAGGCUGGAAAUACUCCACAUUCUCGGGCUUCUUGGUUUUUCCUCUAUAAGACACAGAGCCACCAGGAUGGUGGGAAGGUUUUGAUCAGGACCCAGGGAUCUGCCCCCUGUAACACCUUGAACUUGUCUGACUAGGAUGGCUUGGGCCCACUCCCAUCAGAUUAUUGCCGUAGAAGAAUGACUUUCUUCUCAAGCUCCAGUAUUUUCUUUGACGAUUGACAAUUCCUCGGGAACCUGGCCGCUAAUUAGUUUUAGACGACAAGGUCUUAAGGAGAAAUGAAAUUAUCGAUUUGAGCAAUUUGUACCUGUGAUUGUAAAGUCAAUAUCGGAUUUUAUUGUUGGAACCAUUGACUUAACCUCUCUUGUUUGUACAUUGUAUCUUGUCCUGAUGACACAGAUGCUGCUGACCCUCAGAUGGAUUGCACGCUUCAGUCAGGGCUUCAGGAGCCCAGCAGAGAACCACCUACCAGACAGUCUUUGACCUGUGUUCUGUGUGUGUGUGUAGCCUUAAGACAAAGAAUGGCUUCGUUUUCAUCCUGUAGCUUUCCCCUAGGGUUUUGGGGAUAUUGGGAGGGAGCUGGGCAUUGGGAACUUGUCGAAAAGUGCUUUAUCCUGAGAAGCAAAAUUUGCACGAUUGGACUGCAGUUUUUGUUUGGUGCCGUCCGUCCGUGAUUUUCUUUUUUUCCUCUGGAAGCUUCCCUUCCCUUCCUCAGGUUUCACUCCUCAAACCUACUUAGUUUUCAUGCUGGGGUCUCAGAGAGGGGAGAAAAAAGAACAACAAUAACAACAAACAAAACAGAACAAAAUUUAAGUUCAGUCCUUGUAUGAGAUCAGAGGAAACAGAACAAAAUCUGCACACUUUGUUUUGGAUAAAGGAAACCGAGAACGGAAAAAAGUCUUUAUUUCAAAGUAAGGACAGCAAAUAGACCAUUCUGCAUAUUCUUCCCUGGAGUCUCUCUCAAUGCAUCUUCAAAAUUGCAAUGUGGAUUUUAUUUUAUUUUUUUUUUAGAUUAUACUCUGGGAUCCCUUAGUAACCUGGCUUUGCUCAUUGCUCAUGAAUCCUUUAACAAUGGCGGAGCUGACGUGGCCUAAUCCCCUUUGCUUUUCCUCUGGAUAUGUCUCAGUAGUGAGUUAGAGCUGCCUCCGAGUGGCCACACAAUUACAAGGGAUGCUUCAAAGAAACAGGACCAGUGCCUCUUCCUGGAGAUCUUCCUUUGAUCUGUCAAGGAGAGGGUUGUGUUGACUGACUGAUGCUCUGUGGAUGAACAUCUGGCCAGAAGCCACCUGGACUGGAAAUCUCAGCAGUGAAAGGUACUGGCUGCUGUGCCCCAAGGGUGGCUUUCCAAACCCUGCUUCUUUUGGCAUCUUGAGCUACAACACUAUUAAGUUGCAACUGAGAGACCUGGUGCGGUAUUUGUGUGCCAAGGAAAUGUCACUAAUCCCAAAGCAAUCAAAGAUGUGACCUCAAACUGGAUGUUAAUUUGUCCUUUGUGUAACAAUGUAACCAAAAUAUUGAUGAUAAAACUCAUAAUUUAAGAUUCAGAAUAAAUGGAUUUGACGUCUGUCUCGUUCUGGUCCCUCCUCAUCGUCUCUCAAGAUGAUGGGGACGUAUAGGUUAAGUACCAAGGAGCUGGAGAGGUUAAAUUUACGUUGUGAUUCUUUAUAAAAGACACACACAAAUACUGAUGCAGGUAGAGGUCUCUGGGGCUGUAUUGCUUAUUUAGAUACAUUCUUAUGUGUGUAUUUUUCAAAGAGGAAUACAUCGGAGGAGAGAGAAACAGACAAAACUAGGGUUUAUGAGGUGGGUCAUUUGCUUUUACUCACACACUGUCUUAGACAUGGCACAGGUAUUAUGCCCACAGUUCAGAAAGUCACUAGUACUAACGAAGACUCCAACCCUUGAGAAGGCUCGUGCGUUUCUAACUUGUGCUUGGGGAAGGGAUGAACUUUGUGUUUACAAGGCAAGUGUAGGAGAACUGCAUUAUUUCAGGUGGAUUAAAGGCCUCGGCUUUUCUGUCCUCAUUAGUAAGAAAACAGGAUGGGACGCUUAAUUCUGAUUAAAAUGAUGUCGUCUUGCGAGGAGGGAAAGUCAACCAAAAUAGCAUUUGGGGUUACUCUGCCUCUUAUUUGGAGACAUAUUUCUAAGUGUGAACUGUUGUUCAUUAAUGUUGGGAACAUAAACAGGAGGCAGAUGUGUGUCCCUUGUGUUUUCUGAUUCUUAGAUAUUUUAAUUCUCUUCCCCUCAUUUCCUUAACUUCAUGCUCAAUUUCCAAUAUGUGAAAAAAACCUCAUUUAAAGAUAAUACUACACUGCAGAGAUCAGGAGAUUUAAGAGCCAUUGUUAUUAAUAUUUGCACCCUUUAAUAAUAUAUAAUGCACAUAUUUCAUUGUAUUUAUAUCUUUAUUGUGUACAGAUUGCCACUGGGUAAUACUGCCUCAUAAAUAAGUUAUUAAAUUGACCAAUCUAAAUGUA